GCGCACGGAGACGUGGGGACGCAGGCGGGCCGUAGAGAGCGUGAGUGUCUGCGUCUGUUUGGCCGCGUUUGUGUCGUCUUUUCGCGCUUCCAGGUUCUGCUGUCUGCGCACCUUCCUGAAUUGGUAAAACUUGAACAGAUUUUCCCACCAGUGGGCUGUUUUCCUGAUUCCUAACCAUGCAGCGGAGAUCAAGGGGGAUUAAUACUGGACUUAUUCUUCUCUUUUCUCAAAUAUUCCGUGUUGGGAUCAACAAUAUUCCACCCGUGACUCUAGCCACUUUGGCUCUCAACAUCUGGUUAUUCUUGAAUCCUCUGAAGCCGCUGUAUAACUCCUGCAUUAGUGUGGAAAGGUGUUACCAACAGAAAGACUGGCAGCGCUUACUGCUUUCCCCUGUCCACCAUGCUGACGACUGGCAUUUGUAUUUCAAUAUGGUAUCCAUGCUCUGGAAAGGAGUUAAUCUGGAAAGAAGACUGGGAAGUAAAUGGUUUGCCUAUAUCAUUGCCACAUUCUCCCUACUCACUGGAGUAGUGUAUUUGCUCUUGCAAUUUGUUUUUGCUGAAUUUAUGAAUGAACCUGACUACAGAAGAAACUGUGCUGUAGGCUUCUCAGGAGUUUUGUUUGCUUUGAAAGUUCUUAACAACCACUAUUGCCCUGGAGGCUUUGUCAACAUUUUGGGCUUUCCUGUCCCCAACAGAUUUGCUUGUUGGGCAGAACUUGUGGCUAUUCAUUUCUUCACACCAGGGUCUUCCUUUUCUGGGCACCUGGCCGGGAUUCUUGUUGGACUGAUGUAUACUCAAGGGCCUCUGAAGAAGAUGAUGGAAACAUGUGCAGGCAUGUUUUCUUCCAAUAUUGAUUACCCAGGACAGCAGUACUACUUUAAUAGUUCAGGCUACUCGGGAUAUCAGGACCAUUAUCCAUACAGCAGGCCAGGUUCCUAUGAACAAGCACCAAGGAACUAUGAUGUGUACACGGCAGGACUGAGUGAAGAGGAGCAGCUGGACAGAGCACUAAGAGCCAGCCUCUGGGACCGAGGAAAUCAUGCUGGAAGGAAAUGUUGCAGAUCAAAGAGAUCUGUGGGGAGAGUAGUACGAGACCUGCUGCGGUGACGGACUCCUGACACGAGGUACAAGGACUGUGGCUGUUCCCCGCUCACUCACGUGGCUGGGAAGAGCAGAUGCGGGUAGGUCCUGGCUGCAAUGCUGUGUUACAAAGUCAGCUUCGUGAUGGAAGAGCAGGCUUUGAAGUGAAAACAGGAAGAAAGGAGCCAACGAUGCCAUUAUAGGUGGAGGUCAUUCCUUCUAGCAGCAGCUGCUUCUUCACAACCAACCGAGAGGGUACAGUGUAUGAGUAUAGUCUACUAACACCUCUGAAUGAGCCAUCUGGGCCAGUUCAGGCCAUUAGCAUGGACUUGUCAUCUUCUAGCUGCUGGAUGGGCUGGCCAGUGUUACUCCUCUAUGCUGGGGUGAGUUUCUGUCUGUCCCCUUCUAAUACCCUUGGCUUCCAACUCCAAGGUUUCCAGCAGAAAUAGCCAGGGAGAGGAGACCCAGGAAUAUUUGGUGGAGAAAGAAGGGUCCUUUGAUACAGGAGUCAUGUAUCAGAGAAGAGGGGCCUGAAAGAAAUGCUUGGGAGUAGGCACAUAGUAGGGCAGAAAGGAACCUCAGGGAAGCUGGGCCAUGGAGUAGCACAGCCCAUGCCCUGAGACUGUGGGAAAGGGGGGUAAAGCUUCACCGAAGGACUGCAUACUCACAUUUCCCCAACAAUGAUCACAAAGAGGUGGCCUGGAGUGUCUCCACUUCCAGGAAGCAGGGUCAGCAGCAUCAGUAAGGAGAGGGAUAGGAAGUCAGAGAAGGCCCUCCUGAGGAUACCAGCCUCUGAAGGAGGCAUUACAGACCACAGGCAAUGGAGGCGAGGCCACACAGAAGCUCACAGGGCAAGGAGAGAAGCUCACAUGGGCCAAAGGCAACUAUUAAAUUCAAGUUGAAGACUUUAGCCAUUUGAUGUUAUUUCCUUCUUUGUCACUUUUGUGGGUUAUUUUCCAAAGUCACAACCAUAGGUGAAUAGAAUCACCUAUCUGGGUUCGAUUUUGAUGUUGGGCUGAGGCAAUGGGUUUCAACCCUGGCUGCCUGCUGCAUUCAUCUGCAAAAGCACUGAUGUUCAGGCCCUUCCCCUCUGCACAGUCUCUUGUCUGGAUCGAGGCCCCAGAACCAGUACUUCUACAGUCUCCUCCAGGUGGCUUCAGCCUUCAGCCAGGAUUGAGUCACAAAGAUCAGGUUACUCAGAGCGCAAUCUUAAGGCUUCUCAGACCUGAAUGUGUAUGUGAAUAUCUUGGGGACUUUGUUAAAAUGCAGGUUCUGACGCAGGAAGUCUAAGGUGAAGCCUUGAAUUACUGUUGGUUCUCAGACCCCACUUAGAGUACCAAGGAUGUUGCUGGCUUCUCCUUACCAGGUGAGUAGGCCAAUUUGCCCUGCCCUACUUGGUUUCUUUUCUUUUUCUUUGGUUUCUAAAAUAGCCACCAGGGGCCAGCGCUAUGGCGCAGUGGGUUAAAGCCCUGGCCUGAAGCACCGGCAUCCCAUAUGGGUGCCAGUUCUAGUCCCGGCUGCUCCACUUCCGAUCCAGCUCUCUGCCAUAGCCAGGGAAAGCAGUAGAAGAUGGCCCAAGUCCUGGGCCCCCUGCACCCAUGUGGGAGACCCGGAAGAAGCUCCUGGCUCCUGGCUUUGGAUCGGCGCAGCUCUGGCCGUCGCAGCCAUCUGAGGAGUGAAAUAGCAGAUGGAAGACCUUUGUCUGUCUCUAUCUCUCUCUUUAACUCUGUCUUUCAAAUAAAUAAAAUAAAUCUUAAAAAAAAAAUAACCUUUAAAAGUUAGUAAGUGCAUUACAGGAAACUGAAAAACAUAAGAAGCAAAGAACAAAGUCAUCCACAAUCACAAGCAGUAUAGUCCAACAUGUCCUCCUAGGUUCUGUGUGUGUACACACAUCCACUUAUCCACUUGUAUGUGACAGAGAGUAUACACCCACCCUACUUGUGCUCAUGUCAUCUGCCUGUUGGACAAUUCAAGUUCCUUAAGGCCAAAACUUUCCUUAAGUCUCUGCUCAAAUGCCGCCUCUUAUUGGGGCCUUAAGUGAUUGUUUUACUUCAUGUUGAGUUGCUUUAACAAAAUACCCGAGACUAGCUAACAGAAAGAGGUUUACUAGGAUCAUGGGUCUGGUGGCUGGAGGCCAAACAGCAUGGCACCAGCGUCCUGGUGAAAGACCAUUGGCUAUGUCCUAACAUGGCAGAGAAAAAGAAAGGGAAUGGGUGGUGUGCAAAGCAGACCAGGACCAUGGGUAGCCUCACUUUGUAACAACCCACUCUUGAAAGAAAGAAAGACCCACCUCCCUCCACAAGACCAGCAAUAAUUCAUUCGUGAGGGUGCAGUCUCCAUGCCCUUACUAUCUUUCACUACCCCAGCCUCCUAAAGCUUCCUCCAGCUCAACACCAAACACUGGGGGCCAAGUUUCCAGCACAUGGACAAACUAUAGCCAAACCAGAGCUGCAGGCCUGCAGUUAUCUAUACUGGAAUUAACCUCUCCCUGCCCCAAGCUCUGAGUGCCCUCAGCUCACAACUCCUGUAAAGCAUGAAUUAUAAUGGGCCAUUAUUGCAAGAUACUUGGGUACUGUUAGCUACUUCUGCUAUAAGAUCUUGAGACCCUGGCAUGAGAAAAUACAUCAUAUUCAUCUUUAUAUCACCCACAGCACCCAGUGCCAUGUUUUUUAUAUGUAAGAAAGUAUAAUGAGAUUGAGUGACAGUUAUACUCUCUAAAAGAGAACUUUAUCCAGGCAAUGAGUCCCAAAGAUAGAGAAGUUAAAUAAGUACUGACUCAACUCCUAGUGCUUACUGGCUGUUCAAGGACAUUGCUACAAGGGUCACCCAGUUAAUUUUAUGCAUAAACACACAUGCAGUGUAGGGAGUACAGAAAAGAUGCCCAUAUUAAUUGAGGAAGGCUCCAGAGAUGUUCUGGUUACCUACCAAAAACAACUAGGACUCCAGUUGAGGGAGGAUUUCUUGGGUGCUUAGCUUCUUGUAUUUGGGGAACAAAAAGCAAAACAAGUAGUAGAAAAUUUCAGUUCUGCAUCUAAUUCCUUUGGCCCUGAGCCAAAAAAAAAAUCAUAGCUGGGCAGCAAGAGAAAUGGGAGAGGGAGCAGGAGCAACCUCACGUCACCCCUUUGAAUAAUUUGCACAGGAUUUUCUAGACUCAUGGGCACUGCCAGCUGGUCUGAAGAGACCAGGGAUGUCUAUGUGCUCAGCUCUGGUCCUGCUAAUCUCUUUGUAAAUUACCAAUGCUACAGGGAUAUGUAAACCAACUGGAGUGCAGUAUUUUAACAACUUUAAAUAAGGGUUUAGAUACUUAAAUAAGGGUCUUGUUACCCUGACAAUGACAGAACAAUGCUUAAAUGGGUAAGUGAACAACGGUGUCAUUGCCAAAUUUAGAGCAACCCUCCUCUGUCUCCCUCUCCCCAUUCUAAGUGAUUAAACUUCCUUCUGCAGGCUCUGAUUCUGCUCUAAUAAGCCCUACUUCAGUUGUUUUUAGUUCAAAAUCAAGUCAACAGCUAUUAAUGACUAUUAAUCCAGCAUCCACUCGUUUGUGCUAAGAAGUUUCAAAACCUUAUGUCCACGAGCUUACCAAGUAUGAAAGAUUGAAGUAGUUCAACAACAACAAUGACGACAACAACUAUAAUAGGGAGGAAGUGUAGAUCUAGUUAGGACCAUGAUUAAGCUUUUGGAACAAUGAGGAAACAAAUGUCCAUUGCUUCAUAUUUUCUAUUUGUACAGGAUCCAAAUAAAACCUCCACAGUAAAGCACGUAGGUUUUCAUCUCAGCAAUACAUUGACAACAGUGAGGGUGCAUACCUUGACCUGGGGGUCCUCUCUGUCCAGGGAAUCCCAUGGCUCCUUCUGGCCCUCUUGGGCCGGGCACCCCAGGGAGCCCUGGGAUUCGGGGACAAGAAUCUUCAUCCGCAGGUGGCCCAGGUUCACCUGAAAUUGGAAUCGCUGCUUAUUUGGUGGAUUCAAAAAGUUCACAAACAAACUCUUUCUGAAUUCCUUAAAGAUCCACUAUAUGAAGGUACUUCAAAAAGUUUGUGGAAAAUGAAAUUCAAAGGUAAGUAUAUUUUAGCACAAAAAAAGUCUUGAAAUCCAUGCAACACUUUUUCUUAAUACAUAUCUUCCAUGAGCUUUUGAAAGCUUCUUUGAUGUAUAUGAAUUGGAAACAUUUUUGCACCAAAAUAUUUAAUUCAAUUUUCUGUGAACUUUUUGAAGUUUCCUCAUACUGAAGUGUUUUUUAUAUUGUUUUUUUUUUUUUAUUUGACAGAUAGAGUUAGACAGUGAGAGAGAGAGAGACAGAGAGAAAGGUCUUCCUUCCGUUGGUUCACCCCUCAAAUGGUUGCUACGGCUGGAACUACACCAAUCCGAAGCCAGGAACCAGGUGCUUCCUCCUGGUCUCCCAUGUGGGUGCAGGGCCCAAGGACUUGGGCCAUCCUCCACUGCCUUCCUGGGCCACAGCAGAGAGCUGGCCUGGAAGAGGAGCAACCAGGACUAGAACCCGGCACCCAUAUGGGAUGCUGGCACUGCAAGGCGGAGGAUUAACCGAGUGAGCUACAGCGCCGGCUCCUCAUACUGAAGUGUUAACAAGAAUGUUCAACCAUCCAGUGUAAUUUCCACAAAAGCAGGAAUGUGUUUUGUUCGCUACAGAGGUACACGACAAACUUCUAGAAAGCACUUGUGGGACAAGUGAAUGAAUGACGGAUGGAGUCAGUGAAUGGAGCAGUGAAGGUUGGCAGAGGCAGCAGUAAUUGGUGACCUUCACAGAAUUUCCAGUCUUUGGGCCAGUUUCUUACUGGAUUGCCAGCAAGAGGUAGCAUUGCAAGAGGAACUGGUAGGUUCUGACAGGUCCCUAAAUGCAUCCCUAAUCCAUUCUGUAUAUUAUAGCCAGGUGGGUUUCCAGAGUGUCAGUUACUCAAAUAGAAUUCCGGAAUGACUAGAGGCAUUUAAACAGUGACUUUCAACCUUGAAUGAAUGUGGGAAUUUUCCAGGGGAUCUGUAGAAAAAGAUUCAGAAAUAAACGUAGACUUGGGACUAGGAUGUGUCCUGGGCAGGGCCUUCAAUGUGGGCCACACAGCAACUCCAGCUGGUGAACUUUCCAAAGGUACUGAAGCUGGAAUCCAUCUAGACUUAGUAAGUAAGAAUUAUUGGGAGUGGGUCCAGGAGUAUCUGUGUGUUUUUAAACUCCCAGGUGAUUCCACUGCCAGCCGGGGGCAGAGAAGCCUGCUGUACGCCUGCAGUUCUGACGUCAACGCAGCAGAGUCAGCUGGCUACCUUGGUAGAAGCCAGUUCCUGAGUCGGGAGGCCUGAAGUGGGGCCCAGCUCCAGCAUGGCCCACGUGUUCACAGGGGAAGCUACAGGUGCUCAUCUGGAAGCCUCACUUUGGGAACGCUGCAGUAAAGGUUUGCUUAUUUCCCCUGUUAGUGGCAUUCACGUCUUUAAGACAUUUCCCUUAAAGGCAUCAUUGGGUCACUCUGCAAACAUUCCACAAAGGAUCAGUAUAACAAUACUGGGCAAUAAUGAUAACAGCUUGCACUUCUUGGAAGUUUCACCACACAUCAGGCUAUGUGCUUCAUGCUUUGCUAUUAAAUUCUAUCAACAAGACAAUGUAUAUGCUGCUGUUAUUAGAGUGUUACAGAUAGGAAAACUCAGACUGGGGAGCCAGCAUUUUGACAUAAUGGGUUAAGCCUCCACCUGCAACACCAGCAUCCCAUACAGGCAAUGGUUAGAGUCCCAGCUGCUCUACUUCCAAUCCAGUUCCCUGCAAAUGUUCCUGGGAAAGCAGUGGAAAAUGGCCCAAGUAGUGGGGCCCUUGUGUUCAUGUGAGUGACCUGGAUGGAUUUCCAGGCUCCUGGCUUCUGUCUGGCCCAACCCCAGCCAUUGAGGCCAUUUGGGGAGUGAACCAGCAGAUGGAUGAUUUCUCUGUGUCUGUCUCUUUCUCUCUUUCUCUAACUCUGCCUUUCAAAUAAAUAAAUAAUUUUUUAAAUAAAGGAAGAAAACCCAAGCUGGGGCUAAUAAGUGAGGCAUCUAGGAUCACACAGCUAAUGUCCAGAUUAAAUCCCAGAACAUUCUGCCUGCUCCAAACCCAUGUGCUUAAGCAUCCUCUCCUGUGGCCUCCAGAACUCAUAAUGUCUGCAUGAUGAAGGCUAAAAAAUGAAACAUAUUUUAAAACAUACCAUUUGAUUAGUUAUGGUUUCCUCAAAACUCAUACAAAUGUGCAUACUAAUUUUAAGAACAGCAAUGACCUGGCAAGAAAAUUCUAGAAAAGUGUGGUCAUAACCACAGAAUGUUAAUCUACAUAGUCCUUAAUAUGCUGGAGCAGAAUGAACUUGGAAUCUAUCAGCUGUUUAGAAUUUAACCCCUUGUAGAAUACGGCAUGAAACCACAAGCAACCCUGGGCCAGACAUAAUUGCACAAUGUGUCUGGUUUAAUAUAAAACAUGGCUUUUCCACUAUAGGGGACUUAAGAGAGAUGCAUGGGGACAUUUCCUAUUUCCCCUAACCAGGCUGAGUCUUUCCAGUGGUGAGGGAGUCGGGGAACUGGGGCCACAUGGCUGCUCCUUCAUAUUUAGAAUUUCAGUGGGAUCCCCAAAUGACUUUCUCCAUACAUUCAUAGACAGGACUGCAAUGAAAACUCAUUAAAUAUGCAACUUUAGUUUUUAACCAUGUAAAAUAGCAGGAUUUAAUUUUUUUUAUUGCCUUUCUUUACUUUUUAAUAAACCAGAAGCUAAAAGCAAGAGGCCGAGGUCUUUCUUGUAAAGGCCUUCAAAGUAAUAUAUGGUGUCCGUAUUCAGGGCAUUUUCAUUAGGUGGAUAACAGAUGCCUGGAAAGAGCAAAUGCAGACAUUGAAAAUUUGUCUUUUCUUCUUUCUAGAAACAAUUUUUGUUCUCUCUGCAAAUGCUAGACCCAAAAUAAUAGGUUGCUUUUGCAUUUCAGAGUAUGAAGGAAACAUUUUCUUUUGAGCCCACAAAGAAAUUUGCUCCCUGACAAUGGACUUAACGGUGUGAUAGGAAAGGGCUGUCCUAGCCCAUGACUGAGUGGUGAGAGCCAGACAAUGACGUUGAUACCACUUAGGUUAGGGAUGUCCUUGUACUUCUACAGUAGCGUUUCUAAAAGGGAUGUACAUGGGUAUGUGCUCGAGCAUUUUACAGAGAAAGCACUCAUACUUAGUGCCUGAAUUGAAAUUAUAAAAGCCAAGUAUCUACAUUGCCUUGACAACCUAUAAUGAGGCUCAGCAUUAGGACACUGUAAUAUGAGGUUACUAUAUCAGUAACGAAGAAGCAAAGGCAUUAAAACCCAAUAUCAUUACAGCAUCCCAUCUAUUUAAAAACGUAAGGACGGUUGGCUCACAAAGCCAGUGGAAAAGGCAAACACAGAAACAACUAGGAACCAGAUUUCGGGGGAAAUGACGGUUUUGAUGGCACUGCUUACCUCUGUAACCUGCAGAUAUCCAAAGCGAAAAACCGGAGGCCAUUCAAUGAUUUUCACGUAGCGGAAAGAGAUUUUUAAAUUUGUGAAUCAGGACAAAAAUAAAAUAGACUGUUUGGGAACUAAAAUAAUAAUUUGGGGCGGCAUCAAUGACAGGCAGAGUGACAGCCUCGUAUUUACAUAAAAAGUCCACAUCAAUGUGACUGACAGGAACAGCUCUGAUUUUGCACUAAUGGAGUUUUCAUCUGUAGAAAGACUUGAAAUGAAAUUCUCUUGAGAAAUAUAAAAUUCUUUUUGAUUUCUAUAGCAAAUAUGCUCUAAAUUAAUGUAUAUAGGAGUUUUAUCCACUUAAAAGCUUCUGACAUUUCCAUAUGAAUUUAUAAAGUUUUAUAGGAAAGAAAUAGAAGAGGAAUAAAGUAUAAGUCCUUUGUCUCAUUGUACUAUAAUUCUUCAUAAAGCAGUACAGACUGUUCUUCGGACUGCAGCUAUUUUAGGAGAUGGCAAAAUAAUGCAAACUGACGUCACAUUAUCAUAAUACUGAUUUAGGAUCUUGAAAGGUAGAACUCCUGCCAAUCUGAGAUGCACAGCUCUGUUUGCCUUUCUCUUCCUACUCUUCCUUGGUUUAUUUUUACCCCAUGAUUAAAGUGUGCCAUCAAUGGAGUUACACUGAAUAGCCUUUCACCAUCAUAAGUACUGAUGUACUUUACAGGAAAAAGUCAAAUAAAACAUCUAAAAAAUUAAGGGAGAUUCAGAGAUAGAAAGUAGAAAUGCAAUUCUGAAAAACAAUAAUCAAAUCAGGCUGAAUCUUUUGUGUGAUUCAACACAUAUUUCUUUCCUCGAGAUGUACUAUGGGGAAAAUCAACUCAAUUUUCCGACUUAUUCAUUCUGAUAAUAAAUAUUAGUUUACCAAACAUGAAACUUCAAAAUAAAGCCUGAAAUAAGUAUACUCUAAAAGAACUUAACUCAUAAGAAUGUGUUAGUACUUUUAGAAUAACUGUCUACUUUCUGAAAGAUGAUCAUCAUACAAAAAUGCCAUGUGCAGGUUGCUGAGCAGAGCAUUAGACACUUACCUGGAGGACCCGUGGGUCCUUUUCUACCUGGAGAUCCAGGUAAACCCUUCUCUCCAGGUAGCCCAGGAAGGCCAUGGGGCCCUUGCAGCCCUGGGAACCCCAUUGGUCCUAAAGGAAACAUAAACAUGAAGGCGCUGGAAUGAAGCAAUGAAAAGACAAUGAUGAUUUGGCUGACUGAAUUCAGAGAUCCACUCCAGUGAAAAAGCAGGGCAAAGUGGGCCUUCGAACGGAGCCUCAUUUUUCUCCGCAAGGCUGAGCAGAAUUUCCAUCUGCACAAAAUGCAAUGCUUUUUCAGGACUAAGGAACACUGAUCCAUGAUCAAGCUAAACCUAAAUUAGAAUGAAAGGCCCUGCAAUCCUGAACCUUCUCUGGAGACGGCCAAAGGACGGGACAUGAUGGGGAAGUAAGGGAAGAGAUUCACUCUGGGGACAAAGUGCCUCCUUGCCCAACCUCAUACCACUCCCCUUGCUCUUUUGUCUCGGGCCCACCAACCACAACUCCCUCCUAUGGUUUUCCCCUUCUCCUCUUCCCCAUCCAUUAAGUCCUCCCUGGAAUCCCAACGCAAGUCUGGUUGCUUUUUUGACAAACACUUCAGUCAGAGCACUAAGCUGGAUUCACACGGAUGCUUCCUUGGUAUGAAUGCCUGCCUUCCUCCAUGAAACUCUACACUGAAUAUGAUGUUUAAAUUUGUUCAAGGCAUAUCCACAAGGACCUGUAGCUGUCUGUGAAGUAUGCCCACUCUAUAAGACAGAAAAGGAAAACCAAGGGAACUCCCUCACUCUGUACAACAAAGCACAGUUUGACCCUGGUAUCCUCUGGAAUGGGAGCUGAGAAGCAUGGGGAGUGGCUCCACGGGUGUUUCUAACUCCCUGUGUAUUCUCAGGUUGGUCGCUGUUCGUCACAUGAGUUACAUGGCAAAGCUAUUCCCUCAGCCCUGGAGUAUAAACCCAGCCACAGAGUUAUCCUCUGGAGACUUCCAGGGAGGAUGAGGGUUGCCAGCAGCCACUUCCUCCUUCCUAGUGUUUUGUUUGUUUUGUUUUUUUUUUGACAGGCAGAGUGGAAAGUGAGAGAGAGAGACAGAGAGAAAGGCCUUCCUUUUGCCGUUGGUUCACCCUCCAAUGGCCACCGCGGCCGUUGUGCUGCGGCCGGCGCACUGCGCUGAUCCGAUGGCAGGAGCCAGGUAUUUAUCCUGGUCUCCCAUGGGGUGCAGGGCCCAAGUACUUGGGCCAUCCUCCACUGCACUCCCUGGCCACAGCAGAGAGCUGGCCUGGAAGAGGGGCAACUGGGAUUGAAUCUGGCGCCCCGACCGGGACUAGAACCCAGUGUGCCAGCGCCGCAAGGCAGAGGAUUAGCCUAGUGAGCCGCAGCACCAGCCUUUCCUAGUGUUGACCAGAGUGCUCACAUGUCUGUCCACUUCUGAGGUUGAACACUUGCAAGACCAUUUGCUUGCUGGUAUAAGCCACAUUCUCUAAAAUUAAUUUUAGAGCCAACAAAGGUGGAGAGUACUGCUAUGUACUAUGGGACAGGUUGUACACUGCAGAAUUCCAGAGAUGCCAUUCGCACUGUAGUGAUGAGAGCCUAAUGGUGAUUUUGAUCUCCCCUCUUCCCUAAUAUUUUGCCUUAUUUCACACUUGCUUUAGAAGUCAAAGCACUGGUUAUUUUGCAAACUUCAACCAGUCAUUUCUUUAAUAUCCCACAUCCUUAUUUAUGAAAUAAGGGAGUUAAGAUGAAUAAUCAUUAUUGGUUCCAUCUCCAUAAAAAAGUUCCAUGAACAUAAUAAUUCUCUGAAAUUCUACUGGCCAAAACUAGUGUCCCCCAAAUAUUAUAAGUUGGGUAAAAAGUAAUUAAAAUAAAUAUUUUAUCCUCCUAUAAUAGAGAAAUUCAGUAACAAGGACGUUUUCAUGAAUAUGAAAAACCAGAGUCAGCAGUCUAAAUAAAACUGAGCCGUCCAAUACAGAAGAUACCAAUCACAUGUGACUACCAAGCACUUGAAAUGUGGCCAACCCAGACAGGGUUGUGUUGUGUCAGAUACACCCCAGAUUUCACAGGCAGAAAGGAGAGGAGGGUGGCUGAUUUGAGAGAGGAUGGCUGACUUGUCAAAUCAGCUCAAGUAUUUCAUUGAUAAUUUCUUUUUCUUUUCUUUUUCUUUUUUUUUUUUUUUUGACAGGCAGAGUGGACAGUGAGAGAGAGAGAGACAGAGAGAAAGGUCUUCCUUUGCCGUUGCUUCACCCUCCAAUGGCCGCCGCAGCCGGCGCGCUGCGGCUGGCGCACUGCGCUGAUCCGAAGCCAGGAGCCAGGUGCUUCUCCUGGUCUCCCAUGGGGUGCAGGGCCCAAGCACUUGGGCCAUCCUCCACUGCACUCCCUGGCCACAGCAGAGAGCUGGCCUGGAAGAGGGGCAACCGGGACAGAAUCUGGCGCCCCGACCGGGACUAGAACCCCGUGUGCCGGCGCCACAAGGCGGAGGAUUAGCCUAGUGAGCCGCGGCACCGGCCUUUCAUUGAUAAUUUCAAACUGAUUUUAUGUUAAAAUUAUAUUGGCUAUAUUGUAUUAAAUGAACUAAAAUAUAAAAGUUAACUUCUUUCUUUUUACUUUCUAGGGGCAGGCAUUUGGUUCAACAGUUAAGACACUGGUUGAGACGCCUGCAUCCCAUAUUGGAUGGGUUUGAAUCUAGGCUCCAGUUCCAAUACCAGCUUCCUGCUAAUGCACACCCUGGGAGGCCACAGGUGAUGGCUCAAGUACUUGGGUCUCUACCACCACAUGGGAGACCUGGAUUGAGUUCCAGUCCCCUGGAUUCAACCUGGCCCAUCCCUGGCUAUUGCAGGCACCUAGAUAGUGAACCAGCAGAUGCAAGAUCUCUUUCUGUCUCUACCUCUGUUUUUCUGCCUUUUAAACAUAAAUAGAUAAAAGUUAAUAAAAGAAAAUCUGACUGCUUCAUUUUAAA